AUGAAGACGGCGGCGCUCCUUGUGCUGAUGCUCCUCGCGCUCUCAUCCGCCGCCGGCGCCACAGGCGGCCGGCACCACCCGCUUCCAUCGUCGGAAGCGCUCGACUCCGCGACAUUCCUGUCCCCACCCUUCUUCCUGCGGCCCGGCUCCGUCGCGAACAAGUACUACCACGACAUCGCCUUCUCGAGGGGCAACAUCGCGGGCUUCAAAGGCGAGGUCGUCGACGAGCGCGGCGCCCCCGUGCCCCUCCACGAGACCUACCUCCGCCACUGGGUGGUGCGGUCGUACUACUACGCCGCGGAGAACGCCACCGCCCGGCCGGCGACGAUCCUGGCGCGGAACGCCGGAGUGUGCGAGGGCGACACGCACACCGCGACGUGGUUGCCCGACCCGUACGCCGUCGAGGCCGGCGACCCGGCGGCGCCGCCGGAAGGGUACGUGGAGAGGUGGAUGCUCAACGUGCAUGCCAUCGACACGCGGGGCACGGUGGACAAGGUAGCGUGCACCGAGUGCAGAUAUAUACACAUCGGAGCAUGCAGUUUUGCGUUUGACCUACAUAAUUGGGUUUUCUGGCAUAGUGACGGCCGUGGCAUCCCCGGGGACUACGCCGGCGGGUUGCGCUGCUCCUACGACCAGACCCGGUGCAAGGUGGAGGAAGGGUUCGCCGGCGGCGGCGAGGCGAGGAAGCUCUUCUUCCGGUACACCGUGGUCUGGCUCGACUGGAGCGACGUCGCCGCCGCCGCCGCCGUUGUGCCGGUCAGGAUUUAUAUAUUUGAUGUCACUCAUAGAGCCAUGCCUGUGGGUUGCAUGGUUGAGUACGACGUGGAGGAGUGCAGCGCAACAGAGAAGCGAGCCAAGAGCGACUGCGCGCGUGCACGUGAAGGCGACCAAGCAGGUGCUGCCGCGUGGAGGCGACCUCGUGACGGGCGUCUGCUGUGCAAGUCGACCCCGAUCUACGGCGGUGGAGUGGAGGCCGGCGACGAGGCGGGCUACGUCGUCGGCAUGACGACGUGCUACCCGAAGCUGGGCACCGUCAGAGUGCGCGACGGCGAGGUUCUCACCGUCGUGUCCAACUACAGCAGCGAGCGGCGGCACACGGGCGUCAUGGGCCUCUUCGCAGUCCUCGUCGCCGACCGGCCGGAGCAGCAGCCAGCAGCUCCAUCAUCAUCGGUGUCGAGCAACCUGCUGUGA